AUUUUAAGUGAUAGGGAGCUGCCAUGUUCGUUUAAUAAGUUCCUCCCACUGGAUCUCAGAGUUGCAGCAGAGAAGGCUACUUCACUCAGAGGGCAGGAAUCAGGGGUGAGGAACAUGCCGCAUUGCGUGGUGAGCAACUGUCCGCAUUUUAACUACAAGAAAUCCAAUCUCCACGGGGUGGCUCUGCACCCCUUUCCCAAUGAUUUUCCCAGGAUCAAGCUGUGGCUCCAGCAGAUCGGCCUCACAGCUGACGAGAUUGACUAUUUAGCGCAAAAGGUCGUGGAGGGAAAGAGGAAGAGUACAGAUCCGCAUCGUAUGUGUUCCGCCCAUUUUGCCCCCAACUCUUACGUCGUGCAGGAUGCUAAACUGGUUCUUCGGUCGGACGCCGUCCCAACCAUCUUCCCAGCGAUGAUCGAACCGACGGCCAACUCGCAGAAUUUCCCUUCUCCUCCCAAUUCAUCAGGGUGUCAGGGUGAAGUGUGGCCGAAAUGCAUCGUCAGCGGCUGUCGGCAGCCAAUCGGUGGGGUUUUGUUUCACACGUUUCCCAACAAUCUGCAAAGGAUAAAGCAGUGGUUGCAUCAAACCGGCCAAGAUUUUGGCAACAUUGACCUCUUUGCUCAGAAAGUGCUCGAAAAGAGGAGGAGUUAUGACUAUUGCAUGUGCUCCGCCCACUUUUCCCCAGAAUGCUAUAUCUUUCAAGAAGGCAGAGCCAUUCUCCGAACGAACGCCAUGCCGACCAUUUUCCCAAGCAGACCACAGGCACAACAACCGCAAGUUCUUUUGAAUGUUUGGCCACCGCUGAUGGUAGCCCAGGUGCCACUUUCUGCUGAACAGAAUUCUGCGCCUAAAACACCUGAAGCUCCUCCCCCAAGAAUUCCUAAAUCUAGAAAGAAAACACCUCCAACAGGUCCAACAGCCGACAAGGGGGUGCAGUGGCCCGAAUUUGAGUCCAAUUUUGAGGGUGAACCUUGGAAAGUCGAACACGAUCACCUCUACCAUUGCCGGCCCCUCAACCCUGACGAGCCCAUGGGACCCUUGAAUCUCAAUGAGUUCUUUCCCCGUGAUAUUUACCCCCCAUGGUUCUGGACAAGAUUAUCAUCCAAAAGCGAUGACUUAUAUCAGAAGAAUUUCUUUCAGAAUCUGGAAGCAGAGCAGGCGUGGUCUUCAGUGGAGAAAGUAUUGGUCCUACUGCUGCAGCAUCUGAAUAACUCUUCCUUGUAUCAAAGGACCCUAGAAAACAAACCGAUGACAGAGAGGAUUGUGAAUGAAGCUCUGGAGGUUAUCUACCUGCUGACUGGACAGGAAUGGACAGUUGUGAAGAAAGAUUCUAUUCAAAGGGGUAUUCACCAGAUGAACGGAGAGGGCUAAAUCUGUAUUCUUCUACUUCAGGUUCCUAUAAAACGUGGGGACGUGGCUGUUUAUUUCUCAAUGGAUGAGUGGGAAUAUUUAGAUGAGCACAGGGACCACUACCAUAACUUACUGAUGGACGAGCAUCUUCCUUUCACUCAGUUUAAAAUCCCUGAAGACUGGGGAGAAGAGGCAACCACAAACUGUGAUGCAGCGGAUGAUCCCUACAUUGACCCCCCUUCAUCUGAGGAUCUAGACGAUGAUGAUGAUAGUAGCACGUCUGACUGGAGGCCAGAGCAACACUAUAGACCCAAAACGGACGAAUCGUCUUUAUCUGAUGAAGAAAGCAACACUGUGAAGUCCAAGAGGCGUACCAUCAAAAAGAGCCAGAGUGAUAGUGGCUCCGACAAUGAAGCAUCCUCCAAGCAUUCAGCAAACAAUAACUGUCCCCCAGGGGAAAGCCAAGAACCCCCCGAUAAUGAGCCAUGCAAGUGUAACGGCUGCGAGAUCACCUUUCCUAAAAAAAGUCAACUCGACCUGCAUCUGCUGUUGACUCCUGAAUGUUUACUGUCUGACAGACACGAUGAGGACGAGAAACCUGAAGUCCUUCCAGAGCCCAAAAUCACUCAUGAAUGCGAGCAGUGCGGCAAAUCGUUCAAGCGCAAAGUCCAACUCCAAAAACACAUUACAAAAAAACACAGCAAGAAAAGAACCAUCAAGUGCAAGGAUUGCGGGAGGCGCUUCUAUUAUCAGUCCCAGUAUGUUAUCCAUCGGCGGGUGCACACCGGUGAGAGGCCUUACGAGUGCAAUGAUUGCGGCGCCCGUUUCGGCCAUAAAUGCAGCCUCGUCGUACAUCAGAAAAAAUAUUGCGGAGAAUUGCCUUUUACGUGCAACAAAUGCGGUAGACAGUUUGAGGUAAAGGCCAAGUUUGAUAAACAUCUAAAAAUUCACGAGAGAGAGACAGUGCCUUGCCCGCAGUGCAGCAAGUGUUUCAGGUACAAAGCGGCACUCUAUAAACACAUGAAAGUCCAUAAAAAAAAAAAGUUGAUGUGGGAGUGUCCAUUGCGCAGGCGUCGGCGACUCCAUGUAGUCGGGAAGGCGUGGCUAGAACUGCAACCCUAUUACCAAUAGGCUUUGUUUUUUUACUUUUCUAGAGGUUUGUACAUUGGGUGUGAAUUUCCUUUUUUCUUUAUUUCCUCUGUAGAUGUUGGAACGUUCUUGUUCACAGGUUGCUAACUUAUAAGGUGGCAGGAGAAGUUUUAUGAAUCUAUUUUCUGUUAAAAAAAAAUAACCACAAAAAACCUUGAGCAUUAAAAAUGUUACUUACGUUUUCA